AUGGCGUCAGCUAGCUGCCAAAAGACUUGGACAGUGGUGUUCUUCCUGGACGAAGACAGUGUUGAAGCUGUUCCUACAAGCUGGAUUUCUGGAGAGUUAUGCUAUUAUCCAGUAGCAACCAAAAAGAAAAACACUUCAUCAAUUUCAAAAAACGAUCCAGUAAAUUUUGAUUGGCCAAGCCAUAAAAUCAGAACAUUUUUAAAUGGAACCUAUGAAUCCUACUCUUUGGCUAGGCAAAAGGCCAGGGUUGCGGAAAAAACAAGUGACUUAAGUUCAGAUGCUGACAAAAAAAUAAAAAUGUCCGCUACCCAAAAGGACUGCGAAAAGGCAAUUGUGGCCUGGCUAAAACGAGCCAAAGAAAGGGAAGAAAGAGAUACAAAAAAAUUUUAA